AUGCAGGCUCAGGAGGAGAUGUGCCUGAGCCUUAAGGAGGCGGUGACCCGGCACCAACAGGGGGCAGAUGGCCUGUCGGAGCCCGAGGGCAUCGCUCUCAAGCGUGUCGCUGUGGUGGAAGAUUUCUUUGACAUCAUCUACUCGAUGCACGUGGAGAGCUCAGCAGAGCCGGGCAAGGCCCCCAAGCACGCCGGGCAGAAGAAGCCCUACCGGGCGAUUGCUGAAACCUACGCUUUUCUCCCAAGAGAAGCCGUGACCAGGUUCCUGAUGAGCUGCACGGAGUGCCAGAAAAGGAUGCAUUUUAACUCCAAUGGCGUGGAGCCUAAAGAAAACGAGCCUCCUUCCUCGCUCGUCUCGGGCAUCAUUGAUUACAACAUGCCUCUGACCUCCACCUACUUGAAGCAGAUGAAGCUGCGGGUCCUGAACUCCCAGGAACAGGUGAGCGGCUUUUCCUUGCCUGGUGAAGAGAUCUUUGGAAUGCGAAAGCUUGCGCGCGGUCCUGUGGGUCUUCGUCUGCAAACUCCUUGCCUUAAUAGGCUUUUUCUUGCUAUCCGUCCAACCUGUCUUAUUCCAACACGCGCAUGUAAAAACACACGGCGAGGCUUCAGCUGCACCAGUUUUAGGAUUAAGCCCAGGAAGUUCAUGAUUUUCCACUAGGCUGGAUCUAAGAAAUAAGUAAAACGGUGAAAGAGCUAGGAGGAGUUGAGCUGCUAAACCCAGACGUAAACUAGAGUGGAAGAUGUUAUUAUA